GUGCUGCCUUUCACGCUGAGCAACAGGAGUAUCGCAAGGAUGUUCGCUCAAACGAGCGCCUUGUCUUCAUCCUUGCUUGUUUGCCAGCAGCGAACAGCACUUCGUUCUAGGCAAGCGCAGCAAGUUCACGCAAUCCACUGUGGGACCUCACAAUCGAACACCGUUAUACAAACACAGGAGACAACAUGCAAACAGGAGGCCAAGUGCACAUGUGGAAAGACAAGGAAGCCUCCAAAUUGCGAUGGCAGCCACGCUAAGAAAUCCAGGGCUGCGCAAAUCCGGGCCGGUAAGGAGGUUUUGGUGCAGUUGAGCGGCCAGACAACCGUGGCACAAGCCCAUAUGCUGGAGUGACCUUUCAAGAGUGCUUGUCGAUGUCGCGGUGGAGGAUGAACCUCAUGCGUAUCGCUGUAGCUUGCAAUUGCAAGGCACCACUUCUUUUAUGUGCACACUGUCACUUUGGACAUUCACUACAGCCAUUGCAAUUCUAGUCAAUUUGCAAAGGAUGUGUUGGUGUAGUCAGAUCUGUGCUCGAGGUUCCUGCCAGAUAGAGAGAUGUGGGAGGAGGGGCUAUCAGCCUUGCAGAGUAUGUGGUACUGCACAUGUCAGUAUUGAUGGCGCUGCUACAUUGCAUCGGGAGCCUGCUGAAAGACUGCGUUCACUCCGUACAUAUUUCUGUGAAGUCGGUUGUUUGGAGUGGAGCUGAUCAAAAUUUAAGAUGAAAUUAUAGCCUACACUAAUUGUAUGAUACUGCUUGUGGCCUCCGCACAGGUUGCAAGGUCUUCC